ACUCGAUUCUCUCCACCAUUGCGGAAAAAGAAAAAUUAAAAUCGGAGUUACUAUGUGGACCGUGAAACCUGCGGCGAUGCCGGUUCAAUUACUCAGGGGACGAACCGGAGCAGCCAUCGUCGGCUCUUCACAGCCUCCGCCGCGUAAUUACGAAGGAAUCCACCGUCGAUUCGUUAACAUCCCGACGAAAUCGCAAACUCCUGAAUCCGAAUCCAUCGGCGGAUUAGGCAAAAAUAUCCUCCUCCGCACCGGCGAUUCAAACCCUAGUAAACCGAUUCCGAAGGAGAUUAGUGGAUCAGACGUGCUCUGGGCGAUUCAGAGAGCGACGGCUCAGAAGAAGAGAACGAACGCCGGUAAGAAGAAGAAGUUGAUAAGAAGAGGUGUGGAGCUAUCAUCCUCUGCGGGCGAGUCCACCGGAGAUAACGGUGUUGAUUACAGUAACGUGACGCCGUUAAGGAUCAACAGUGAUUGGGGUCACAGAUUAGUCGAAUUCGAGAAGCUUCUCAAUGAGUUUCAAAACACUCAACUUUGACUUUGACUUUUUUAAUUAUAUGUAUAUUUUUCAUCUUGUGUUAAAAAAGUUACAGUAUGUAAAAUUAUCUAGUCUCUUUGUAAACUUACAUUAUUUACAUGAUGUGUACAAACUCUAGCGUCUUUGUACACUUUUCCUGGUCGACAAAAAUAGCCUUUGGUCGGAGCACAAUGAGCAUCCUCCGA